AUGUAUUACGUUGUCUAUUUAAUAUUUCUAAUCAUUUCAUUAACGCGUGCUCAACCAUCAUUUAUAACAAAUUCCCUAUGCGCUCAAUACUAUCCAUUUGAAAUACAGCAACAAUGCGACUGUGAAAAUACAUCAAAAGGCAUAUCAUUAAAAUGCGUUGGUCAUUCUUACGUACCACAUUUUCUACCUAAUAUACAAUAUCAUACGAUCGAAUUCGAAUCAUGCUCACAAGAUCUACAAAUCGGCGAUAAAACGUUCGCCGAUUUAAAUAUUAAUUCGCUACGUUUGCGUCAUUGCAAUCUAGUGAAUUUAAACGAAGAGUCAUUUUCAAAAAUAAAUCAUUUAGAAAAGCUUUAUAUUGAAAAUUCAACAAUAAAUUCUUUGGCAACAUCAAGCGGAAAUUUUCAAGACGUUUUUUAUUCUGAUUCAUUUAAAGUAUUGAAAGGAUUAACGCUAAAAAAGAUUCACUACCAUCAAGUACAUAAGCACGAUACAAAAUUAAAUUUAGAAAUAUUAUUAACUCAACUACCGCAACUAAAUCGUUUAGAAUUAAGCGAAAUAUUUAUCGAUAAUUAUCGUUUUCAUAAUUUAACGUCUAUUGGCAACAAUUUAACCUAUUUGAAAUUAGUCAAUACGCAUCAAACAACAUUGUUGCCGAUUGAACAUUUAAAAUUUCUUCAAAAUCUUGUUUUAAUGCAUCUACCACAAUUAUUUCAUCGGCCGUCAUUGAUAUCAUCAUUGAAACACUUGAAAAAUUUAAAAUAUAUCGAUUUUGCAUACGAUCAAUUGUCAAAUAUCGAUGGUUUACAAUCGAGUACGAUUGAUCAAAUCGAUUUAUCGUCGAAUCUAAUCGAGUAUAUUGAUGAAUAUACAUUUGAAGGUGUACCAAAACUUCGGAGACUAAUAUUAAUUGGAAAUCCAUUGCAAUAUAUUGAUACAAAUGCUUUUUGUGGCAUCGAAAAAUUAGCACAUUUAGAUAUAAAUGUUCGCAAGCCAAAUCAAUUAUCGCCAUUGGAUGGUUGUCUAUUAUUAAAUUAUCCUAAUUUAGAUAUUAAACAAGAUAGUCAAACAAAAGCUCAAUGUGAUUGUCAAUUGAUGAAUAUAUUUAAAUUAAAAAUGAAAAAAGAAAAAGACAUAAAUCGUCUAUUUAAACCGGAACACUCUUGUUUAGUUACAAAUAAUACAUUAUUCGAAGCAGCUUAUUAUCAACAAUUGAAAAAUCAUUUGAACCUGCCAAUGCCUAUAUAUGAUUUAGACAAGUAUUUGAAUUGCACAUCAGACAUUCAGUGUGAUCGUUUAUGUCAAGAUAGAAAAUUAAAAUCAACAACAACACCUAUAGACACAGAGAAAACAAAUGCUAUUGUUCAAAAAAAACAUACAUCUGUAUCAACAUCUUUAUAUUCAUUUUUUUCAUAUGUACUAUCUUUGUUGUUAUUAGCGUUUCUGUAUUUGUAA